AUGGCUUUCCGACCGACGCAGACGGCCCAGCUGGCGUUCCGAGCGUCGACACCCAACCCCAUUGCCACGCCGAUCCUCGUCGCCGGCUUCGGGCUCGUCGGCGCGGGCAUCGCCGCGCAGCUGCUUCGGAGCAGCUCCGCCAACGCCACGGGUCCUUCCGGCGGCAAGUGGAUCAAGGGCGGGUUCCAGGGCAAGAUGGACAAGAAGGAGGCGGCGCAGAUUCUUGGCCUGCGAGAGACUGCUCUGACAAAGGCAAAGGUCAAGGAGGCGCACAGGCGUAUGAUGAUUGCAAACCACCCUGACCGAGGUGGAGCGCCGUACAUUGCCAGCAAGGUCAACGAGGCCAAGGUGAGUGCCGUCGUGUUUUGA